AGAAGGAGGAGAUACAGAGGAGGAAGAAGUGCGGCUGUGUGAACUGAUAGAGGCAUGCACACACACACCUCUGAACCUAACCCUGCUAACAUACUGAUAUCCUAAAUGGAUCCAACCGAACAGAUCAACCAGUUGGAGGCAGAUUUGUCGGAGCUGGGGUCACUCUUGGAGAAGGCGGAGAGGAAAAGAGUGCAGGAGCUGCUAAAGCAGGAGCAGAAGAAGGUGGAGAAGGAGCUAGCGGUCAAACGACAACAGAAGGAGCAACAAGCCAGGAGAGAGGCCGACCCAUCUGCUGCCUCUAAAGCAACGUACACUGUCAAGAUCACCAACUACGCCUGGGACCAGUCAGAGAAAUUUGUGAAAAUUUACCUUACAUUGAAGGAUGUGCACAAAAUUCCAGCAGAAAAUGUGGAGGUCAACUUUACAGAAGGAUCAUUUUCUGUUUUGGUAAAGAAUCUAGAUGGGAAAAACCACCAGAUGACAGUCCUCAACCUGUUAUUCCCGAUUGAUGAAAAGGAAAGCUGUAAAAAGAUAAAAACAGACAUGGUCCUGGUCAUGUGCAAGAAGCAGGCAGCAAAGAAGUGGGAGUGCCUAACAAAGGUGGAGAAGCAGUCUAAAGAGAAAGAUAAACCCAAUGUAGAUGACAAUGCAGACCCCAGUGACGGCCUGAUGACCAUGCUGAAGAAAAUUUACUCAGAGGGAGAUGACGAGAUGAAGAGAACCAUCAACAAAGCCUGGUCGGAGUCCCAAGAGAAGAAAAUACGAGGAGAGGGCAUGAUGGACCUCUGAACUGCUCUCACUGCUUUUCCACAGCAGGACCAAGCUGACAUGACUUGAAUAUUAAAUGUUAGGGGUUGAACCUAAAGUCCAAUAUAUAAAAUCAUAUUUCCACAAACUCUAGAAAUUAGUAUGCAGCCCUGGUGUUCUGAUAGUCAUGGGACAUAAUGCACAAACCUCUCAAUAAAUCCCACAGCAAAUGCCCAUACGAACAUAUGGCCACUGUCCAGCAGAUGGCAACCUUAACACAGCAAGAAAUCACACAGUUUCAUCACUUUAUUUUUGGUAAAGCCAGAUUGAAUGGGUUAAAGUACCACAAUGCAAUUAUUUUUCUUGAGCUAAAUCUCUGUCAGUGCUACAUAGUUUAAAUUUGACCAGGGUCUGUAAAGUCUCAUCUUGAUAUUGUUCCUGUGCAGCUAAACUGAGCUGAUAUUUAAGAUGUUUCCGUGUGUACUUUUGCCAGUCAUGCUCAUGUUCCUUUAAAAGACACAACCAGAGGGCUCUUCUGACUUCUUUUUAAGUCUUUAUAUCAGCCUUUUAUUUGUUGUUAUUCCAUAAAUAGUUCAGAUGACAGCUGCAAAGACAGUUCUACCCAUGCAUCAUUUAAUAAUUUGCAUCACUGCAUGGGUCUGUAUUUUACCCAUUCCUGUUGCAUAGUAUAAUACUCUAGAACACAUUCUUUGUAAUUCCUUAAUUUGACUCUUUUUCUACUAUAAUUUCUAUUUACAGUUGCACUGUUCAUGUUUUGAUUAUUUUACUCUGGCUCAUGUGUUCACCUUAUACGUAUUGUUGCCCACCCUCAGGUUGUUCAUGAAGUGCUCACAAAUAUACAUUUUGAACCGAC